GAUCUUGUAUUAUCCUCUCAUUUUGGGCGCCCUGUUUGUGACUCGAAGUAUAGUUUUUAUUCGCAUUAAAUUGUCGGUUGUUUGGUAAUUUUCCCUUCAUAUGUCAUUAGAUAUUACAACCUGAAUCCCCUCUUAUUGUUAGGUAAUCACUAGUUCCUUAGUUCUUGACAUACUCGUCCUUAUAUAUCGUGCUUUAUAGCUUGGUUUUGUCAAGGGGACAAUACAAUUCCUCAUUAGAAUGAGGAUACAGAAUAAGUAUAUAUUCACCAUGACCUAGAAUCUGAUUUCAAACAUAACUCUUAUUCCUAAUACCAGCCUCUUGUUAUGUUGCAGUACUUUGAUUUUUUAAUUUAAUGCUGAACAUUUGAUCAUGUAUUGCUUGCCAAAGGACCGAAUAUUCCUCGAUCUUUAGACAAACCUUUUCAGAAUAUGGAUUAGUUCAGUAAUGUUUUAAAAGCCAUAAACACUUCCGUUUUGUAAUACAGGUCAUUUUUUAAUCACAGCUUCUUUCUGUUUAGCUACACAUCAAUUCUAAUUUUUUCGAAAUGAUGUAUAAGCGAUUCAAGUUGUUAGCAUUCCUUAAUUUGACCAAUCUACUUAGCAUACUCAAUGGUAAUCUUCAAACUGAACAAUAAAAGGGCUGAUCUAUUGACUGUGCACCAACUAUUACCUGUGCUUCUGACCUUUUCGAUGUUAUUUUAACAUGCUUACAUUCGCGAUUACCCAUGGUCCCAAAAUGUCCCGGUACGACGGGUGGGGAGAGUCUGCUUCCUCUGUCGAAAGGCCUUAACAUGGCCACACAUAUACAGACGCUGCCAGGGGAGCCCUAGUCUGCCUCCUCGCGGCGGGGUGAUGUUUACGAAGUUAAACGAACAAAAAGUGGAUGGUCAACGCUUUAACUGGGUUGCUGGGUAUGGAGUAUUCACCUAGGGGAGAUCGAGAACAAUGAUUCCAAACAAAUGGGGCACUUAGACUACAGAAUUCCGAGGGGUCAAAUGACGUAUGAACCUAUUGUUGGUCACCGGCUACUGUGGGACUGUGUUUCCUAACAUUGCUCCACUGCCUUGUGGGUUAGACCUGUAGGUCAAAGGCUCGGGACUGGCCCCCUGAGAAAACCACUUGUCUUAGUUUUUACACCUGAGCAAUAUUCCAGCUCCCCCCCACAAAUCGACUGACGAAGUGUGGCACCCACAUAUUUGCUGUUUCCUUAUACUAGUUUGUAUUUAGAUAAAUAGAUAAUUCUUCACAAAGGGGCGGUAUAAUUAAGACUACUAAAUACCCAUGACUGAAUAUCUGUUCCUCCUUUACAUGUAAGACAUUUGGAAGUGUAUCUGCAUACUCGUAUCAAGUCCAUAAAUGUUCGGAACAAGUCUCAUAAACACCGAAAGUCUCCUUUACAUGUGAAUAUUGUAGGAUUCAUCACUGACUACAUAUUAAUGCACAUCAACCUGAAUUCAUCAUGAAACUACUGUCUUCUGCCUCGGCACUUAAAAUUCCCUCCACACAUCUAAUAAGUGAUUAAUAAAGUUAAACUGUUCCCAUAGUACUGCGUUCCUGCUCAUUUUCAUUCUGUGUAGAUAAAAAAUCCAGUGUUUCAAUAUACCCACAUUUUGCGAGAUCGAGACUUUGCCGUUAAUUUUGUUUGGCUAACUGCAUGCCAUUGUGUUGUACCAUAUAUCAACACGUUUACAUUUGUAAUUUUUCUAGGAAAUUUUUAAAAAAUAUUGGACUCAAGUUGCAUUCUUGUUUUUCGUCAAUAUUUAUACAUGAAAAUAUGCUUCUCAUUUUUCAGAUCUCAACAAUUAUCGUCCAUGUGUGAUCCUGAGGGGAUUAAGUCAUUUCUGUACACUUUCUUGCAAACUAAGAAACGCAUAGCACCAGAGUAUACUUUCAUAGAGAAGCCUGUCGGUCGGAAUAAGGUUAGGUUUCUUUGUGAGGCUCGGGCUGAUGGCUUCAAUUACGUUGGAAUAGGAAAUUCUACAACGAAAAAAGAAGCCCAAACAAAUGCAGCUAGAGACUUUGUUAACUACCUUGUUCGUGAAGGCGAAAUCCCUGCAUCUUCAGUUCCAGCGAUACAACCUGGGAAUGUAAUAUAUUCGGAACCUGCAAGCACAUCUACAUCAGAAAACUUCGGGCAAAGUCUUCAACAACAAGGGAAUUCGUUAGGUUCUGGCGGUAGCUACAUCAGUAGCAUAUACGACCAAAAGAAGUUGGAAGAGGCAGAAGAGGUGGACUUAACUUCUGAUUUGCAUGGUGGUUGGUCUAUGGAAAACGCCAAGGCACGUCUAAAUGAAUACUUACAGGCAACUCGCCAGCAAGUGGGCCAAGUGAAAUAUACUUCGGUCGGUCCAGAUCAUAGCAGGAGUUACAUAGCAGAGAUGACUGUCUUGGCGAAAAAUCUUCGGAAAACUCUGUACGCUCGAGAGGCGGGAUCAAACAAACAGCUAGCAUCUCGUGCUUGCUGCCUAUCGCUAGUCCGGCAGCUCUUUCAUGCAGGAGAAUUGGAAGCAUAUACUGGCGAAAAACGGAAAAAGAAGCACAGUGAGGUUGCAGUGCAUGAUGUUAAUUUGAAUUCAAAAGUUGAAGAAAAUCUAACCGAUGUAUUGGAGAAUUUGGGUCUUCCCGUUAAUUUGAAACCUACAAAUCUCCCACCAGAUCAAGCUUAUAAUAUGAUUACCAAUUACAACUUGGUAGACUUUGGUGAUGCUCCUAAACAACAACCCCAGCUGGUUGCUUGGUGUCCACCAUUCCCCAACUGGAAUCCAUGGACUGCUUGUAAUAUCGAUGAAGGUCCAGAGGCUACUCAACCAUUAUCUCAUAUUAGCGCUAAUUUGGCUGAUGAACGGUUACGUCGACUUGAUAGCGACCCUCAGUUGCGGUCAUUGAUGGAUGAACGUGCUCAGUUACCCGUGAAUCCUUACAGGGUUUCAAUACUAGAAACCGUUAGACGGAAUAAAGUGACAAUUAUUCGUGGCGAAACCGGAUGCGGCAAAACCACUCAGAUUCCGCAGUUCAUUCUGGACUCGUAUUUGGAAUCGGGAAUAGGUGCUGAAUGCUCUAUUCUGGUAACACAACCACGACGUAUAUCUGCUAUAAGCCUUGCUGAGCGCAUCGCUUACGAGAGAGGCGAAACUGUAGGGACUUCUGUUGGAUAUUGUGUUCGUUUUGAGACCGUUUAUCCUCGUCCGUACGGGUCUAUCUUGUUUUGCACUGUUGGGACAAUGGCACGCAAAAUGGAAGGAGGUCUUCGAGGAGUGUCUCAUGUCAUUGUUGAUGAAAUACAUGAGAGAGACGUUAAUACAGAUUUCAUGCUAAUACUACUGCGCGAAAUGGUAAGAGCAAACAGAAAUCUCCGACUUGUUCUUAUGUCUGCUACCAUUGACAUAACUAUGUUCAGCGAGUACUUUGGAGACUGUACGGUUUUGGAUAUCGAGGGUCGUACACACCCUGUUGAGUAUUACUUUCUAGAAGACUGUAUAAAGAUGGUUAAUUUCGUCCCUCCCCCCGUUGAUGAGAAAAAACGGAAGCGCCGCCAAGAGUUAGAAAGUGUGACAGAUAACGCUGAAGAAAACUGCAACUUGAAGUGUGAUCCUGUUUAUGGGGAGGCAGUGGUUCGUUCCAUGGGCGAAAUAACCGAGAAGGAAGUUCCUUUUGAACUUGUUGGUGCACUUUUGGAUAAGAUCAUAGGUAUGAAUAUUCCCGGAGCUGUUCUUAUCUUCCUUCCUGGUUGGAAUAUCAUUAGUCUUUUGCGAAAAUAUUUACAGUCACAUUCAAGAUAUGGAAGUCCAAACUAUGUUAUCCUGCCGCUACAUUCUCAGAUUCCUAGGGAAGACCAACGCCUAGUUUUUCGUUCCACUCCUUCUGGUGUUAGAAAAAUUGUGUUGGCAACUAACAUAGCUGAAUCAUCUAUCACAAUCAAUGAUGUUGUCUUUGUGAUCGAUUUUUGUUUAUCACGCACGAAGCUUUUCACUGCUCGUAACAAUUUGACGUCAUAUUCUACUUCAUGGUCAAGCAAAACAAAUCUGGAACAACGGCGAGGCAGAGCUGGUCGAGUUCGUCCAGGAUUUGCUUUUCAUCUUUGUAGUCGUGCUCGCUUUGAUCGUUUAGAACAACAUGCUACCCCGGAGAUUCUGCGUACUCCGUUACACGAACUGGCAUUACUCAUAAAGCUUUUGCGUCUUGGUUCUGUUAGAGACUUUUUAAUGAAGGCUUUACAACCACCACCACUCGACGCAGUUAUUGAAGCAGAGCAUACAUUGAAAGAGAUGAAGGCGUUGGACAAAAAUGAUGAACUAACUCCUCUGGGAUUUAUACUUGCUCGACUUCCAAUCGAGCCACGUUUGGGGAAAAUGUUGAUAUUUGCUUGUGUCUUCAAUCUGGGUGGGGCAGCUGCUGUUCUCACGUCUACUGCGAGUCUUGGAUGUGACCCAUUUUUAUUGCCUCCGGAUCAUCGGAGACUCACAAAUCAGCAACGGUCAUUUGCAGCUGGUUACUCAAGUGAUCAUCUGGCUGGUUUGAAUGUUUUUCAAGAGUGGACAACUGAACGUACCCGUCGAGGUGAUGAGUCAGCGGACUUAUUUUGCGAUCAACAUGGUUUCAAUAGCUCUGCAUUAAGAGUUAUUGAUGAUGCUGCAAACCAACUUAGAGCUAUUCUCAUCAACUUAGGUUUCCCGGAAGAAUCAUUGUCUGAUGCACCAGUUAAUUUCAAUUUGAAACACAAUAUUGAUUGCGAUAUACUUAGUACUUUACUUGUGUCUGGAUUGUAUCCAAAUAUCUGUUUUCAUUCAGAUAAGCGCAAAUUACUCACAACUGAGGGUACUUUAGCACUUAUACACAAAAGUUCUGUCAAUUGCAUGAAGGACAUCAAGUUCAAUUAUCCCUUUUUUGUUUUCGAUGAAAAAAUUCGUACCCAGGCCGUUUCGUGUAAAGGUCUUACAAUGGUACAUCCAAUUCAGUUAAUGCUUUUUGGCUGCCGCUCUGCUAUCUGGAGAUCUGAUGAUUCUAGUGAUAUAGGAAUAGUUGUUAUUGAUGAUUGGAUUCCUUUCCGUAUGAACUUCAUGACUGCUGCCCGAAUUUUCGCUUUUCGUCCAGCAUUGGAGGCAUUACUUGUCCGAACUUGCUUACGACCAGAAGCUGUUGCCGAUCUUCGAGAAGAAGAUCAGCGUGUUAUUAAUGUGUUGCGUCAACUAUGUUCGCCAGAAGCAUUAAAACAAAAUGUUGGUUUUGAUGAAGCAAAUAACUUCGAUUCUCCGCCCAGAAAAAGGUUCGCUACAUCCAGUAAUUACCCGUUACUCUCUGGUCGGUCGCAUCGAAACAAAGGAUGUGAAAAUUUGUACUCAGAAAAACAAGGUUUUGGGCGCUAUACUAAUUGUCCUAAUCGUUCUACUGACUCAGAACAGGUGCACGAUAUUCAAUGUGGUCUUUGGCAAGAUCCUUAUCCACAAUUUUCAAAUCAGCGAUAUGAUCAAGUACCUGUCAACCGAUUUUCUGGGAACUACAUGGGUGGGAGAUCAUUUGGUCCUAAUGGUGCAGGAAAUAAUUUUAAUGGAUCAUCAUGGAAUUCAUAUGGUGCACCAAAUUUUGGUGGAUAUCCAUAUCAACAACAACAGUUUACAAACGACCGGUUUAUGCAACCUAAUCAAAGACCAUCAACUAGACCUCAUUGGGGUGUCCGUUACUAAUUUUCAAUCGUAUAGCUUUCACAAAGUGGUUCUAAUUGUAUCUAAGUGUUUCUAAAUUAGGUUCAUCUUUGUUACGUUUUGCUUAUUUGUGAUUAUUUUGAAUUCAUUUAUAUACUUGUUACAUCAAUAGCCCGAUCUAUGUAAUCUGAUAAAAUUUGUUUCUUGUUGACUUCUUUUCAUUGACUAGCUUCAUUGUUUUGGGGUCUAAACCUUUGUUUUCAUGCACCGUCAUAUUGUUACUAUUUUGGUUGCAAUGAUAAAAUCGUCCUAACUUUGAUAUUUAUAUCUUUGACCCAUUACUUAGGACUAAAAAACUAGGGUUCGCUCUUACAUGUCCAUUUUACUUAUGAAGAUUUGUUUCAUAGUUCAUAAUGACAAUUCACUUCACAUAGCACUUCUUAACUAAUGCACAUAGUUUCACUAUGUGCACCCCACAUAUAUUUAAAUUUUUUUAACCUCGAAUGGUGUGAAACAGUUAAAGUGUAAACAAGUUACUUUAAGUUGUCUACUUUUACCAGACAAUCUGAAUAGUAUUUAAACAUAAACUCUUUUUAAAAUUU